AAAAAAAGAGAAAAUAGCAGACACGGAAACACGGAGUAUAUCGAGAAUUGAGUGGAGUGUGGAGAGAGUAGAUACAAAUAUAGGUAUAUGGUCCCACGUCAUCCUGACCUGUGGGCUCCACCGCCACCAGCGCCACCUCUCUUCUCCUCCUCAGCUUCUUCCUCUGGUCUUUUUCCCUUUGCAAACCAGAAACAAAAACCGUAGCUUUAGAAAAUUGAAAAUCCUGGGGGCAGCAAAAGCCAACAAAAGUAAAACCAUUAGCGCAUCAAUCCCUAACCUUAGCACACAAAUUGGUCGGAGAGAAUGAGUACGAGGACACCUGCGACGCGGACUCGAGUAGGCAAGUACGAGCUAGGAAAGACUUUAGGGGAAGGCAGCUUUGCUAAGGUUAAGUUCGCUAAGAAUGUCGAAACCGGUGAUAGUUUUGCCAUUAAAAUCAUCGACCGUGAGCACGUUCUCCGUAACAAGAUGGUUGAACAGUUAAAAAGAGAAAUAUCGACGAUGAAGCUGAUUAAGCAUCCAAAUGUUAUCAAAAUCUUCGAGGUUAUGGCAAGCAAAACAAAGAUUUACAUUGUUCUUGAGUUUAUUGACGGCGGCGAGCUUUUUGACAAAAUUGCAAGACAUGGGAGACUUAAAGAGGAUGAAGCCAGGAGAUACUUCCACCAGCUUAUUAAUGCUGUGGAUUAUUGUCACAGUAGAGGCGUUUUCCAUAGAGAUUUAAAGCCCGAGAACCUUAUUCUUGAUUCCUAUGGUGUUCUUAAAGUUUCAGAUUUCGGUUUGAGUGCGUUGUCCCAACAAGUGCGGGGGGAUGGGCUGCUUCACACUGCCUGUGGAACCCCAAACUAUGUUGCCCCUGAGGUCCUGAAAGACAAAGGUUAUGACGGCACAGCUUCUGAUGUUUGGUCUUGUGGGGUCAUUCUGUAUGUACUUAUGGCUGGAUACUUGCCUUUUGAUGAACCAAACCUUAUGGGUUUGUAUAAAAAAAUUAUCACUGCGGAUUUCACAUUUCCAUCGUGGUUUUCAUCUGGUGCAAAGAAAUUGAUAAAGCGCAUUCUUGAUCCAAACCCUCUUUCACGGAUAACCAUUUCUGAAAUUUUAGAAGAUGAAUGGUUCAAGAAAGGGUACAAGCAAACUCAAUUUGAGUGGGAAGAGGAUGUAAAUUUAGAUGAUGUUGAUGCUGCUUUUGAUGACUCUAAGGAACAUCUUGUAACGGAAAGGAAGGAGAAACCUGUGUCCAUGAAUGCUUUUGAGCUUAUUUCCAAGACCCAGGGCUUUAGCCUCGAAAAUUUGUUUGCAAAGCAGCCGGGUGUUGUGAAACGAGAAACCCGUUUUGCUUCCCAUAGCCCUGCUAAUGAAAUUAUGUCCAAAAUCGAGGAAGCUGCAAAGCCUCUGGGCUUUAAUGUUGACAAGCGAAACUACAAGAUGAAGCUUAAGGGCGACAAAAAUGGGAGGAAGGGUCAGCUUGCUGUUGCCACUGAGGUGUUUGAGGUGGCACCCUCAUUGCACAUGGUGGAGCUCCGUAAAGUUGGUGGUGACACAUUGGAGUUUCACAAGUUCUAUAAAACUUUCUCGUCAGGGUUAAAAGAUAUAGUCUGGAAGUCAGACAGAACCAUUGAAGGACUGAAGUCAUAACAGAGAAUGUCACGUUGCCUCCAUUCCUUGUUAAUUCUUAGUUAUUUUUCUUUUUAGCAGUAUUACAUUUAUACAUUUAAAAAUGGUCCUCAAAGUAAGCAAGCUGUUUGUGGGCGCGGCAGUUUCAAGUCAUCCAUGGCGGUGUUGCAUCGCCCCCAAUUAAUGUUAUCAUUCUGCCAACCUUUUUAUGCUCUCUCCAGUUGAUUUUUUUAAAACAAAGCUACCAAGUUCUUACAGUAGAGGACAGUUCAUUUAAUUGGAGGACUCCCACUGUUAUAUUUAAUCAAUGAACUGAUGGAUUCGUCUUUUCAGAACUCA